AUGUUUUCUCACCAGCGGAUUCUUGGUAAACUUGGGUUUGGAACUACUUCCACAGUAUGGCUCGCUCGUGAUCUUGAAGGCCAUCGAUAUGUGACGCUCAAAAUCUAUACUCGUAAUGAAGGAAACCAGGAAGAGUUCCAGAUCGAUAAGCAACUAGAUCAAGGGAAUUCUUGGCACCCUGGCCAUGAUCAUGUAAGGAAAGCACUGGAUAUCUUCAUAAUCCCCUCUUCGGGCGGUGGCCAUCCGUGUCUUGUCCAGAAUCCGAUGUGGGAGAGCUUCAAAGACCUCCUCUACCGCAACCCCAGCCAUCGAUUUACUGAAGAUCUCCUCAAAGCUGGUCUUAUGCAAAUAUUUCUUGCGCUUGACUAUCUGCAUACCGAAUGCAAGCUUGUCCAUACAGACACCAAAAGUGAUAACAUUCUCCAGGAGAUAGGAGAUAAAUCUAUCCUUGAAAGUUCUACCCAGGCUGAGCUACAGAGCCCUUCACCCCGCAAAAUUAUAUGGGACUUAUUCGAAGGGAGACACCUAUUCUAUGGAAAUGACCCUGAUGGCAAAGGGUAUUCAACCCGGGCACAUCUUGCGGAAGUCAUGGGUAUUCUAGGAUCACCUCCUUUAGAUAUGCUCCAGCGUGGGAAACGAAGCCAAGAGUUCUUUACGAGCGAUGGGAAAUGGAAGCAGGACAUAGAAAUCCCGACAGAGGUCAGUUUGGAGCUGUCGGAAGAGUUUCUCGAGGGAGAAAACAAGGAGAUGUUUAUGGCUUUCAUGAGAAGUAUGCUUCAGUGGCGCCCGGAAGACAGGAAGACAGCGAAGGAGCUAUUUCGGGAUCCAUGGUUGAAUAGCUAG